CGCGUGACCGCACGUCGCGUGACGUAGGAGGAAGAAGGCGACGCCAUUAGAGGGAGGCAGGGUGAGGUGUCCCCCCUCCGGUAACAGGGAAGUGGGUGUCUCUUUCCUCCGGUGUCCCCGUCUCCUUCUGCGCGGGGCCUCCCUUCCCUUCGCCGCCUCCCUCCGGCGCCACCCCCCCUGCUAGGAGAGGAGCGGGGCUGCGGAUGUGAGGCCGCGGCGUCGGCGGCCACUUCGCUGCGGAUGGCGGCGUCGGCGUCGGCGACCUCUGGCGCGGGAGGCGGUGCUGCCGGCGGCGGCGGGAGAAGCUUCUCCUUCAAGGUGGUCCUGCUGGGCGAAGGCUGCGUGGGGAAGACCUCGCUGGUCCUCCGCUACUGCGAGAACAAGUUCAAUGACAAGCACAUCACCACCCUACAGGCAUCUUUUCUAACAAAGAAGCUAAAUAUCGGAGGAAAACGAGUAAACCUUGCAAUAUGGGAUACAGCAGGGCAAGAAAGAUUUCAUGCACUGGGUCCUAUUUACUACAGAGACUCUAAUGGAGCUAUUUUAGUGUAUGAUAUAACAGAUGAAGACUCUUUCCAGAAGGUAAAAAAUUGGGUCAAAGAAUUAAGAAAAAUGUUGGGAAAUGAAAUUUGUCUAUGCAUAGUUGGUAACAAAAUAGAUUUGGACAAAGAAAGACAUGUCUCUAUUCAAGAAGCAGAAACGUAUGCAGAAUCGGUGGGAGCAAAACACUAUCAUACAUCAGCCAAACAGAACAAAGGCAUAGAAGAACUCUUUCUUGACCUGUGUAAAAGAAUGAUAGAAACAGCGCAAGUUGAUGAGAGAGCACGAGGCAAUGGUUCCAGUCAGUCAGGAACUGCAAGGCGGGGAGUACAGAUAAUUGAUGAUGAACCAGCAGCUCAGACCAGUGGAGGCUGCUGCUCAUCUGGAUAAUUGUAUAAGACUGUGUAUCUUGCCCCUUAGUGAAGACUGCCGUAUUCAAAGUCUCAUUCUUUAUCAGUGGAGAGUCGGAAUUAACAGUAUUCAAAAUCAUUUCUAACAAUUCAGUACCAUUAAGUGCUAAACUAGUGGAGUAUGUGACCAGAGAAUUGGCAUUUUCUACAAUGGUUAACAAAGCAAACCAAUGGCCUUUUUACAUAGUUCUUCAAUAAUGAAUAAUAUUGCAUGUGGGAAAGACUUAUGGCUUCAUUUAUAUUUUAAAUGAGAUCAUUAUUUAAUAACUUAUAUACACUAUUGGAAUGAGACAUUUUUUGCAGCCCUUUGUAUUUUGUGGUAGAUUGAACUGUUAUCACUUCAAAAUUGCAAAUGGAUUUCUUUUUAAUCAGCAAAUACUGAAUACUAUUUUUGCAGGGUUGGUGUCAACCUAUAACUGUCUGACUACUUUGAUAUAUUCAUUCUGUACUCCAUGCUGGUAAAAAUAAAUUGUAAAUUACAUAUUAAAUAUUUUAUCUGCU